AUGGCGGCGCCCAGCUGGGCCGUGCUGCGCCUCCGGGAGUUCAAAAACCCGGUCCAGCGGAGAGUGCACGAACUAGUGCGGUUCACGCAGCAACUGCAACGAGUCUACCCCAACAUGCUCGCUAAGGCACUGAACCGAGGGAUUGUCCACCAGGACAAGGACCUUGUGGUCAUCAAUAAGCCCUAUGGUCUCCCUGUGCGUGGUCGCCCUGGGGUCAAGCUCUGCAUCAGUGAUGUCCUGCCUAUCCUGGCAAAGGUGCUUCAUGGCCACGAGGCAGAGCCCCCGCAUCUGUGCCACCGGCUCGACAAGGAGACUGCAGGCGUCAUGGUGUUGGCUCGGGACAAGGAGGUGGCACACCAGGUCCAAGAGCUAUUCAGAACCCAGCAGGUGGUGAAGAAGUACUGGACCAUCACUGUGCGGGACCCCGUGCCCUCAGCGGGCGUCGUGGACAUCCCCAUCAUGGAGAAGGAGGUGCAAGGGCAGAAGCACCACAAGAUGACGCUGUCCCCGAGCUACCGCAUGGACAACAGGAAGAUGGUGAAAGUGCAGGCCACCCGGAGCGCGCACGUGGCGGUGACCAAGUACCAGACACUGAGCAGCACCGUGUCCUCCGCUCUCUUGGAGCUCCACCCUAUCACUAGUGAGGGGUCUCCACGCCAUGGCAGGAGGCACCAUGGUCCCACAUGGUGCUCAGUGCUGCUGGGCUCUGUCCUCCUGAGCAGCUGGUAUGGCGGGGGCGGAACUACAGCUGACUUGUUGGAGCGGCUGGGAGCUCCAGGAGGGAUAACAGUUAAAAGCACUAGGUAGCUGUCCGGCCGACGUGGCUCAGUGGUUGAGCGUCGACCUGUGAGUCAGGAGGUCAGAGUUCGAUGGCUGGUCCACGGGCACAUGCCUGGGUUGUGGGCUUGAUAGCCAGUGUGGGGCAU